CCCUUGUGUUUCCAUGGUGAGGGGGUGUGGUGAGUAACGCUAGUGAGGAAGAUUAGUACUGCUGCCGGCACAUCUACAUUCGUACUGAAGCGUACCACUUUUACUUGCAAUACGUCAAGAGAAAAGCAGUCAGAAUGGCAGGUACCUCAGAUCACGAACAAGAAGCAGUCUUGAAAGUAAAGCAGCAGUUGGAACAAUGUAAAGACCCAAUUGAAAAGCUGAGGUUGCGCUGUUUGGCAAGAGGGGCAUCUGGAAUUAAAGGGCUAAGCAGAACUUUCCGUAUCAUGGAUGAUGACAACAACAAGAGUCUGAACUUCCACGAGUUCUUUAAAGGGCUGCAUGACUAUGGCAUUAGUGUGGAUAAGGAAGAAGCACAAUUGGUCUUUCAUCAGCUGGAUAAAGAUGGUAGUGGAGCCAUUGAUUUUGAAGAGUUUCUACAAGCUUUAAGACCACCAAUGCCUGAGGCCAGAAUACAGAUAGUCAAUAAGGCAUUCCAGAAGCUUGACACGUCCGGUGAUGGUAUAGUGACGGUUGAAGAUCUGCAUGGAGUUUACAAUGCAACACAGCAUAAGAAGUUUAAGAGCGGCGAGUGGACAGAGGACCAGGUGUUCAGGGAAUUUUUGGACAAGUUUGAUUCUCCAUAUAACAAAGAUGGCAAGGUAACUUGGGAAGAGUUUCUGAAUUAUUACAGUGGCUUCAGUGCUUCAAUUGACAACGAUGCAUAUUUCAUACAGAUGGUAAAAACUGCAUGGAAACUCUAGAUCGUGGUACACUGCCCAAGAAAAAGAUUCUCCAAAAUGCAUUUCAAAAGAUGACAGUUAAAGGAUUUUUUUUUCUUUUAAUCACAACAGUGUAUGGAAUUAAAGACAAUUAUUUUUCACCAUUAGCAAAAGUCAAAUGCCAAUGCACUUCUUUAAGAAGUGAUUUUUCACGAUCAUCAAACUAAACUGUGACAGGUGGAGAAUGCUAACAUUUAUCUAUGAUGCACUGUACAAAACAUGGCAACUUAGAAUCGCAGCUAGAAUGAUCCGUACAUAUUUAGUAACGUGGACUCCACCUUCACUUUCAGUUUUGUCUAAAAUGACUAGCUUGAAGUAUUUUACCAAUCAAGUUUUAUACAACCUUUUCAUCUCAUUAAAAAUAUGGACAUUUUAUACUCCACUUCUGUACGCUUUCUUCUUAAAAUAUGAACAUAAGCUUCUACUGUUUGAAUAUGAUUAGAACCUUCUUCUGUUUGAUAAUUAUAAUACCAAGUUCCAUAAUUUGCUAGAAUGUUUCAUCAAGGAAUGUCAUUGUCUUUUGUUGAUAUUUUGUAAAUCCCAGAGUCAUAGUUUCUCUGCUUUUUUUUUUUUUUUUUUUUUUUUUUUUAUUCUUGUCAAUAUUUGUAAUUCUUACUUGCACUUCAAGUAAUUCUUAUCUGAAAACUUGCACUUUGGUUACAGUCUACCAACACCUACCUGCUUAGAAGAAACCAACAUAAUACUUGUAGUUUCUUCAGUUCAGACUAUUCUGUUGACAUGCUAUACUUUUCAUUUAUGUUUGAUGCUAUCAAAAGUUUCAUAUUUCACUUUUCCCCUUUACCCUGUUAUUCCAUUUACUAUAUGGGCAUCACUUUACUCCUUUUGAUGAUGCUUUUGAAUACUGGUGCAAGACUUAAUGUACAAACUGUUUCUAAAUGUGCCACAUCAGUGAACAUUGUUGAUGGUCGUAACUCUUAAACACAGUGGUGAAUACUCUGUGGUUUUGCUGCUGAAAUUUGUUAACUUGAUAUAUGAUGUAAAGCUGACAUAUAAAGCAUGCAGUUUCUCUGCUGAAGGCAUGACAAUACAGUAGGACUACCCGGCUAAAGAGAUGAAACAUUGAAGAAUAAAUACAAUUUUGUAAAAGUACAAAGAAUUGCUGUGAAAAUAUGUGAAUAAAUAUUUACCUGUAUGUCA